GUGAGGAAGCACCGCGUUAUAAUCCAGCUCAGAGGCACUAGCUCAGGUAGGGAGAGAGAGACAUCUCAAUGCCGCUCAGCAUGGGGAUCAGCUGCAUCAAACACACUCCCAGAGAACAUGAACAAAGAAAUAACCAGCGGUCUGCCUGCAGAAAAACAAAACAUCUUCAAUACCCAGCUCCCUCACUUGGUCCCCUUUUCUUUCAUCCAUACACCAAGGGGUCACAAAUAAAGAUGGAUUUAUCUCAUCACUGUGCAUGGAGGAAGUCUGGGUUCUGUAAUGGGAUCACCUUUACCAACCGUCCAGUCCUCAUCCAGGAGAAAGUGAGAUUGAAGAUCACAAAGACAGAGGAGUCAUGGAAAGGAGGAAUGCGACUAGGCUGCACAAUUUUUGACCCCUCCCUGAUGCAUCCCGAUGCCCUUCCGAAAUUUGUGUGCCCAGACCUGGAGGAAGCACAUGGCUUCUGGGUCAGUGCGUUACCCCAACAGUGUAUACAAGAGGGAAGUGUCAUCUCCUUCUGGGUGAACAGCCAAGGACAGUUCCUCUACUCUGUAAAUGAAGGAAGGGAAUAUCUCCUCAUGAAAGGAUUGCUGGUGUCUUGGCCCCUGUGGGUUAUCAUCGAUGUGUAUGGAACAACACGAGAAGUCCAGCUCCUAGAUCCCUCCGUGUCUUGUGUAACCCAGAACAAAUCAGCAUUGCAGCCGUCCCUCCCUGUCGGACAUAACAAACCCCAAACAUCCAGUUCUUGUACGUCUGCAUCUUGUACAACACCAUCCAAAGAUACAUCUGGUUCCAGUCCUUCUGUUCCUAAAGUAUCAUCAAUUACUCCACCCCAGGACUCUGCAUCCGUGCAUGAAGAGUGUAUUGUCUGCUGUUCUUGCCUGGUUGACUCAGUAUUGUACAGAUGUGGACACAUGUGUGUAUGCUACAGCUGUGGUCAGAAGCUUCUCAGCAAGAGUUCCAAAUGCCCAAUCUGCAGACAACCAAUCAAAGAGAUCAUCAAGACAUACCGCAGUUAAUACUUCCAGAUUAACAUGGGAACUAACUUUGUCUGACCCCCACUUUGAGUGACAUUUCUUUGAGUGUCAGCAGUUUGGCCCACUGUCCCAGGAGUCCUCUGUUCUGCAGCACUUGGCAACAUGGCCCAGUAGAAGAUAACACAAGUGUGACCAUUAGGUAGUUAACCUGAAUGUGAAACGCAGAGAGAACAUUGAAAUGCAAGGCAGGACAGAGAAGGAUGGGAUGGGGAAAGUGUAUGAAGAAAUGGACACAUGGUUUGUGUAGGAAAAUGAGAGACUAUUAAAGGCAUUAAAGAAAGAGGGUCAAAUUAGGAAGGGAAGCAGCAGAAAAGUUCAGCAGCGUGACUUAAAUUAGAGAAAUAAGGACUCAACCAGAAAGAGGAAGUAGUCCCAGUUAUUGAAAUCAUAUGAAAAAUCGGGCAAACAACUAAAAAUGAGAAUGAGAUUCCAAACAAACAAAGGCAAUUGGAGAUUUGUUUUAGUGGGUCAACUGGGAGAGAUUAAGCCUAAUUUAAGGAGAUGUGUAUACACACUAUAGCAAUCCACGACCCUGCUGGGUUCAAAAUUACCUAAGCCUUUGCAUAUUACCUAUUCGUUGUCCACAGACCCCCAAUAUUUCACAAAAGGUAUGUCAGCUUCCAUUCCAGUGAUUAAGCUGCUGAUAUGGGAUAAAUUUAACAUGACAAAUGACCACCUCACUCUAUUUGGAUUUGCAUACCAAUUUCUUCAUCAACACGAGCAGUAACUUCUGUUCCUUCACCCUGAAAGGUCAGGGUGUAUGUGGUAGGCUUCUGGGAUUCAUACCAUCAUCCUAUGAGAGGUGAAUAUGAAUGAUAGGUGGACGUUACUCAGACACUCACUUUAACAUUUUGAUUCUGUGUUCCAGCUUUAUAUCGUAGCCUUGCCAUUGCUUGUCUGAAAUGAAAUGUUAAUGUUUGAACAGAGCCUAACAGUUGCAAUGAAGGCCUUGCACUUAUGUAGACAUUAUAAUUUUCUAGCCCUAUAAUGUGCUGGGACCUCUGCGCUCCUGCAGCCUUUUCCAUUGGCUUAAUCUUAGUUGCUGUACAAUUGACAAAUAUUGUUUGUUACCACGGCCCUAACUUUUCUAAGUCACCUCCUUAAACCUGUCUCACUUAAAGAGUUCCUUGACUUUAUCCCCUUGACCAAUCUCUCUUUCCUCUGUUCCACUAGCUUCUUAAGUGGCUCAAUGUCCCAAUAAUAAUCCUGUGAAAUAAUUUGUCUAAUUUGCCUAUGUUAAGGGAUGUUUAUAAGUACAAGUUUUUGUUCGCAUAUUACAGCUUGUACAUUUUUUUAUUGACUGAACUCAUAGUUUUGUAAUGUACAUAAAG